AGACCCAGCGUGGCGGCGCCGCCGGCCGCCCCCACCUCACCUUCCGCCGCCUUUGCCUCCCGCUUUCUCCAAGCGCGGCAGCGCCGCCGCCGCCGCCGCCCCGUCUUUCUCCUUGCCCUCCGGCUCGCUCUGCUGGGUCGACGAAAAGCCCGGCCCAUCUGCAUCGUUGAAAGCAACACCUCCACCCAAACUACAGCCGCGCGGAAUCUGAUUCUUUUUUUUUUCUCGGAAAAAAAAAAUCAAUUCGAAGCUCACAGUAGCUCGCGGCGGCGGCGGCGGCGGCUCGGGCUCCGACUUCGUGGGCGAUGGCGGGGGCAGGAGGAGGGGGAGUGCGCGACAUGGACGCGCUGGAGGGCGUGCGCUCAAUCGUGUUGAAGCCCUCGGAGUCCCUCGACGAGGGGCGGUUCACGAGGAUCGCCGGCGCCGACUUCAACGACGCCGGCCUCGGCCUCCCCGGGCUGCUCGCGUCGCUCGCCACCACCGGAUUCCAGGCCUCCAACCUCGGCGACGCCGUCGACGUCGUCAACCAGAUGUUAGAUUGGAGGCUGUCUCACGAGAAGCCACGUGAGGACUGUGAUGAAGCUGAGCUUGAUCCUACAUAUAGAGAAUCUGUAAAGUGCAAAAUAUUCCUGGGAUUCACUUCAAACCUUGUCUCUUCUGGCAUUCGAGAUGUAGUCCGUUUUCUAGUUCAGCAUCACAUGGUGGAUGUUAUUGUUACAACUGCUGGUGGUAUAGAGGAGGAUCUCAUCAAAUGUCUUGCUCCCACUUAUAGAGGAGAAUUUUCUUUACCUGGAACACUGUUGCGGUCAAAGGGAUUGAAUCGGAUUGGAAAUCUUUUGGUUCCCAAUGAUAACUAUUGCAAGUUUGAGAACUGGAUCAUGCCACUUUUUGAUCAGAUGCUACAAGAGCAAUCCACUGAGAAUGUUUGGACACCAUCGAAGGUCAUAGCUUGUCUUGGCAAAGAAAUAAAUGAUGAAAGUUCCUACCUUUAUUGGGCGUAUAAGAACAAUAUUCCUGUAUACUGCCCAGCAUUGACUGAUGGAUCGCUUGGAGACAUGCUAUUCUGUCAUGCAGUCCGCAAUCCUGGCCUAAUUAUUGACAUUGUACAAGAUAUAAGAUUGAUGAAUGGGGAAGCCAUUCAUGCAACCCCAAGGAAGACAGGGAUCAUAGUUCUUGGUGGAGGUCUACCCAAGCAUCAUAUAUGCAACGCCAAUAUGUUUCGCAAUGGUGCAGAUUAUGCAGUCUAUAUCAACACAGCCCAAGAGUUUGAUGGCAGUGAUUCUGGAGCACAACCUGAUGAAGCAGUUUCAUGGGGAAAGAUUAAAGGUUCAGCCAAACCCGUCAAGGUGCAUUGUGACGCUACGAUCGCUUUCCCAUUAAUUGUGGCUGCAACAUUCGCACGCAAGUUUCACGGUGCGAAACAAGCGAACUGAAUUUCUGGGUUUGAGCUAAACCGAUUCCUGUCGAAUUCGUCUCCCCAAGUUGAGUGUUCAGACCUCGGAGCACGGCUUGUACAUCCCUUCUCAGGGAUGGAGCAGGAAGGUUUUGUUGGUAGUAAAAUGGUACUUACUCACGAACUGUACGGCCAUGCUUGAUCAUCUUUCUUCAUUGUGCACAUUCGAUCAUCUUUCUUCGUGGUACACCACUGAGGCUGUAGUAGCAUUUUGCUUGCGUGUUGCAGGGGACACUUCAUGGAAGUUAAGACAUUGUUCGCUUUGUUCAUCCGCUGUUCGGAUGAUUUCUGACUAGUGCAAGAGGGAAAAGGAUAUUUAUCUCACAGACCGUUUUGGAUAUGUACGCAUUCAGCGAGAACAAAUGGGUAUAUGUAAUUUGAAUUCCGUAUCAAUUGUUUUGCUAGGAAACAGGAAAGGAGGGAAAAUGAAAAACAGGAGUCCAAGCAGAUUUUCUUCGGUACAGGAAAAGUUGGGAUACGGGUGUCAAACUAUCAAAUAGAAUACUCGUACAUAAUAUAUCAGAAUUAUACAUAAAUUUGGUUUUGACCUCAAA